AUGACGGAUACGUCUGCAGCUCCUGCCUCAACCCAGUUGCCCCCCCAGGCACAGGCCGUGGCCGGCAAUUCUGGCCAAAAUGGUCAAGGAAACCCGACUCAUUUGCCACCACCUCCGUUGCACAUCCCGCAGAACACGAACCCCAUCCCGACUGCUAUUACAUCUCCCCUCUCUGGUGGAGAUAAUGGCGGUAUGAUGUCACCUGGGGGUUCAGGCAACUUCCGACGGGCAGCCCCUGAGCCUAACAAGCGGGCGCUGUACGUUGGAGGCCUGGAGCAGCGUGUAACCGAGGACGUUCUUCGCCAAAUCUUUGAGACUACGGGCCAUGUUCAGAAUGUCAAGAUUAUUCCCGACAAGAAUGAAAUCCGAGUCAACUGGGCGUAUCAGUCCAACACUUCGAACAAGGAGGAUACUUCCAGUCACUUUCACAUCUUUGUUGGCGAUCUUUCCAACGAGGUCAACGAUGAUAUUCUCCUCCAAGCAUUCUCCGCCUUUGGCACUGUCUCUGAGGCUCGUGUCAUGUGGGAUAUGAAGACUGGCCGGACCCGAGGAUACGGUUUCGUCGCAUUCCGGGACAGAUCAGAUGCUGAAAAGGCAUUAAGCUCUAUGGAUGGCGAGUGGCUGGGCUCGCGAGCUAUUCGAUGCAACUGGGCCAACCAGAAGGGGCAACCUUCCAUUGCACAGCAGCAGGCGAUGCAGGCUAUGGGCCUCACUCCCACGACUCCCUUUGGUCACCAUCAGUUCCCGGCUCACGGCGUGGGGAGUUACGAUGUGGUUUUGAACCAGACUCCUAACUGGCAAACUACUUGCUACGUGGGCAAUCUGACACCCUAUACCACUCCCAAUGACGUGGUUCCCCUCUUCCAGAACUUUGGAUUCGUUGUCGAAUCGCGAUUCCAAGCCGACCGCGGGUUCGCCUUUAUCAAGAUGGAUACUCACGAGAAUGCAGCCAUGGCAAUCUGCCAGAUGAAUGGGUACAACGUCAACGGCCGACCACUCAAAUGCAGCUGGGGCAAGGACAAGACACCUAACGCUCAAGGAAACUUUGACCCUGCUCACCAGCAGCCAUACAGUCCUCAGAGUGCCCAGACCCCAGGCUUUCCAGGAACACCCACGUACUACCCUCAGUAUGGUGCUCAAUAUGGCGGACAGCCAGGCAAUUUUGCAGGGCCUCAAGGUGGCUCGCCUGCAGGAUAUGGUGGCUCUCCCAUGGGAUACGGUGGGCCUCAGAGUGCAGGAGGUUUUGGUCGAGGCCAACAGGGCCCCAAUGGCCAAUGGAACCAACCUGGACCUGGGCAAAACUUCAACAAUGGAUUUGGCGGUUAUCAGUCUUGA